UUGGUUGAUGUGGCUAAAGAUGCUAAUAAUCAAAUGUUGCAUAUUGCAUAGAGUGUAGUAGAGUAUGAAAAUAAGAACACAUGGGCAUGGUUUUUGAAAUUGUUGAUAGAGGACUUGGGAUUAGGUGAUGGCAGAGAUUACACACUCAUUUCAGAUAUGCAAAAGGGGCUUACAUCAACAGUCAAGCAUCUUUUACCAGAGGUGGAGCAUAGGAUGUGUGCAAGACACAUUCUUGCUAACUGGGCAAAAGAUUACAGAGGUUUAAAAAGAAGGAAUCAAUUUUGGAAAUGUGCAAGAAGCACUUUUGAGGCAGAGUUGAAGGCAAAUUUGGCUCACAUGGCAUUGCUAGGUAACAAAGAUAUUGUUCCAGAUUUACUUCACUAUGAUGUAAAAACUUGGUGCAAAAUGUACUUUAGGACUGAUGUUAAAUGUGAUAGCAUAGAUAAUAAUAUGGCUAAAAACAUCAAUGCUUGGAUCUUAGCUCCAAGACAUAAAACUAUUAUCACUAUGCUUGAAGAGAUAAGGGUAAAGGUAAUGAAUAGACUAGGUCAAUUUCAUAAAUUUCCAGAAACAUGGUUAACAAAUAUUUCUCCAAUGGCAUUAAAAGUGCUUGAAAAGAACAUAGCAAAGUUAACGAAAUGUCAUACUGAGUUCAAUGGAGAGAGAGGCUUUGAAAUUUCAAAUGGAUGUUAUGUCCAUACUGUUGAUAUGAGGAGUAGGAUAUGUAGUUGUAAAUCAUGGAUGCUCAAAGGAAUACCCUGUCCACAUGCCAUUGCUUCCAUUCUUUACAAGAAUUGGGAACCAAUUGACUGUAUUGAUGAUUAUUACAGUAAGGAGACUUAUCUAAGAACCUACUGUCAUUACCUUCAACCAGUAACCAACAUGAAAAUGUGGCCUGAUUCAACAAAUCAUCAUGUGGAACCACAAUUGUUAAAGUUAUGCCAGGAAGGACAAGAAAGCAUUGGGAAAAAUCACAACAUAAGGAGUUGUCCAUUAAAGGAUUUUGUUGCUGCUGGACCAAGUAAUGAAACAGGUACUUCUAGAGCAAUUUCUAAACCUAGAGGAAGGCCAAGAAAGACACAUAUUACUACUACUGAAGCACCUGCUACUGAUGGAGAACCGCAUAGGCCUAAGGGAAGGCAUGUUAAUCCUGAUGCACCUCCUCCUAGUCCUAGGGGAAGGCCAAGAAAAACAACAAAUAAUGAGGCACCUGCAACAUCAACUAUAGGCAAGGGGUAUGACUCUUGA